AUGCAUACCUUUCGGAAAGACGUCUCUUCAUAUUUUGACCUUCCCAUCCAAAAGCGGACUCCUUCGUCAGAAGCGAGUACACCCCUCUCCCCCAGUGCUGGCGCUGGCAAUUUGCGUCCCAACUUCCCUCGACCACCACUGAUCCAGGAAGGCCAUCGGGCGCAGUCGGACUUUAGUGCUGCGCUGAAACGAAAUCGUGUUCAGGUUAUCGACGAACUUCUUCCAGCGGAAAUAGAGCCGCGUCCUGCGUCUGCUCCGCAGGCUGGAAACGACGAGUCUGAGACUUUUAAUGAAGGCAACGGCCAGAGUGGGACUGAGAGUUAUGUGGAAUUCGAGCUUCAGACUCGCCGAAGAGGCCCGCAUUCAGCAUCUGGUGCUUCAUCUUCAGAUGCCGGCUUCCAGAAUACAAAAGAGAGCCGUUCAAUUUCCCUACGACGGCCACGCUGGAUAAGGACACCCUCAGGUAGCGCUUGGCUUCACUUGAAGAAGUCUUCCUCCGUUGAGACUGACGGCAGGCCCUCAUCAAAAGAUUCUCUACGAAUGACACCCGGGACUCCUACCCUUACGAUACGUACAGAUCAAACUCCUUUGAAGCCACCAACACUACAUAAGAAGGUAUCUAGCGGAGAGCAAAGGUCUUCCAUCGUGGUCGAGACCCCAUUCUCCAAGCAAAGGCAGAACCCACCGACUCCUGGAGUCAUUUCGGAGACGACAGGCGAAUCUUUAUCUCGCAAAAGCUCGUUCAACCCCAGACGCCUCUUUGUAGCUCCAUUGCUCUUAAUCAGGAAAUUCAUUCCUAAUAGAGCGCAGAGGAAACAAAUUCAGAGUCCCCUGGAAUCGUCUUCUCCCAUCUCCAGACACGGUACUCGACUCGAAGACCACGCGACCACUCUGAGGAGGAAUUACAGUUCUGAUGCUCUGAGGCGGGUCAGCGCUAUCCUCCAUGAUCUAGUCAAGCAAAGCUCAAAGGUGAACCAGUCCGAAUCACAGGAGCCCAGCCCGCUUAUGAACCACUUUAGGAGCAGUGCUCUGUUAGACAAGUCAGCAACACAGAAAGCGCGAAGAAGUCCUCGGACGACCAAAGGGAUUGUUUCACAGUCCACAAUUUAUCAGCAGCAGCAGAGUGCUGAGAACUUGCCCGAUUUCGCAUCUUAUACCUCAAGUCAACUCAGUCUGCGAAUGGGUAAGCAGCCUAACAAUACCCCGGAGGAACGGGCGACAUACAAAGUCAAGAGAAGAUCAAGCGCCGAGACUGAAGAAUUUUUGAAGAUAGACAUCAGUGUGCGUGGCAGUACUAGCUACUUACCAAGCGAGGCGCGGCGGAUUCAUACACCGCCUCUCCCAGAAGAAGGCGCUGAUGGGAGAUGGAGAGGGUUUUUCUUCGACUACAAUGCACCUCAAUCUAGCCCAUGCCGUCCAGCGUCUAGACACAGUGCUAAUGGAAGCGAAAGCUCAGGGUCGAAUGGAGGUGAGGCUAUUGGCAGAACGUCGUCGCUUCCCAAGUGCCUGGGGAGAACCAAGAGCAACCGCGUCAAACGGGUUGUGAGCGGCGAUUGGUUCGAUGUGAAGCUUCAACAAGUUGAUGUGGGACAAGAUCCUUUGCGUAUCAUCGAGCCUAAAUGUGGCGAAAAGAGACUAAACUCUCCUGAUUUGUUCAAAACGUCUUUCCAAGGCCAGAGCGAAGAGCACUUUGACUUGACGAUACCGGAGCAUCUACCCAACAGCCCAUUGUGUCCAAGGCAUCCGAGAUACUGGCGAGUCGUGAAAGGCAAGGGUGGUCAGUUUCGUUGGUGUUAG